AUGCCGGCUGCAUCGACAGUAUCACAUCUAGAAGCGUCGAGCUCUCGAGACGCUGAGAUCUACGUAUCCACGUCGUCAGCCGAUCACGCUAGCGUCUCUGACGCCGACGAUGAUUUCACAAUACGAGCCGUCAUCGCUGGCCUGCUUAUCGGCUGCUUGCUUGCAUUCACCAACCUCUACCUCGGCCUUCAGUCCGGAUGGAUCAGCAUGAUGUCGCUACAAAGUUCGCUGCUCGGCUUUGCGCUCUUCCGUAUGCUUCCCCAGCACGUCAAUCUGGCCGGUCGACGAUUCGCACUCAUGUCGAGCGCAUUCACACCACAGGAGAACGUGCUAGUACAGACCACAGCAGCAGCAGUAGGAGUGAUGCCGCUCUCGGCAGGUCUCGUCGGGGUGAUACCAGCAUUGAACAAAUUGAGUCUGGACAAGGAUGGUAGCGAGCCGAUCGAGUUGGACUUUGUGCAUCUGUUGGGAUGGUGUUUCGCGUUGGCCUACUUUGGCGUGUUCUUCGCGUCACCGUUGAGAGAGCCGAUGAUCAUCAAGGAGAAACUGACCUUUCCGAGCGGUACGGCGACAGCGCAGUUGAUCGGCGUGCUGCACAACAAGCCACUGGCUCAACAGCAGACUUCUGCUACACGACACAGCUCAGGUUACUCGAACCAUACUGAAGACCAACAGGACCACGAAAGAACCGCGCUCCUAAAUGGUUACGAUCCAUCCAACAUCCACCUCGAUGAUGAUCAAGAGGACAGCGCAUCGGUCAAACUCGACACUUCCAAGAGUUGGAAAGCCUUAGCCUGGUCCUUUUCUGGCUCGGCAGGCUUCACCCUCUUGUCUUACUACCUCCCUGUUCUGUACGCCAUACCUUUGUUCGACUUUAUCCCGCCGCACAAUCUCGCCUCGAUGUGGGGAUUCUGGUUUACACCUUCACUCAACUACAUCGGUCAAGGGAUUAUCAUGGGAUUGCCAACGACUGUGAGCAUGACGGCAGGUGCGAUCGUGGGCUGGGCGGUCUUAAGCCCGAUGGCAUACUACAAUGGCUGGGCCAAAGGCCAUCCUUUGGACUCGGAGGACGGGAGCAAGGGCUGGAUCCUAUGGAUCAGCCUAGCCAUCAUGUGCUCUGAGAGCAUCGUGGGGCUGGUUGCGUUAGUAGCUAGCAACGGCAUUCAAGAUCUCAAGAGCCUGGUGGUGACGAGCAAGCAGAGGCGGCAGCAGCAGUCCGAGGCAAGCGGUGCUCACGAGAGCGCAGAAGACGAGGCAGAUUCUGACCACGAACCUCCACAUCGAAACACACCAAAGACGUGGGUCAUGAGCGGCUUGAUGGGAUCCACAUUGGUCGCAGUGAUGCUCAUCUACAUGGCUUUUGGCGCAGAAGGCAUCUCUCCGUGGGCGACGUUGCUCAGCAUCAUUCUCGCGUCGCUGUUCGCUAUCCUGGGUGUUCGUGCGCUCGGCGAGACGGAUCUGAACCCAGUCUCAGGCAUCGGCAAGAUCUCGCAGCUCAUCUUUGCGCUUGUACAGCCCGGCAAUGUGGUAGCCAACUUGGUCGCCGGAGGUAUCGCAGAAGCUGGUGCCAUGCAAGCCGGCGAUCUGAUGCAAGACUACAAGACGGGCCAUCUGGUGGGUGCAUCACCGAGAUCACAGUUCAAGGGUCAGCUGAUCGGAAGCACGCUCGGCAUCUUGAUGAGCAGUUUCGCAUACAAGCUGUACACGAGCGCAUACGAGAUUCCUGGACCGCAAUUCCCUGCACCCACAGCAGCCGUGUGGCUCAACCUGGCAAGGCUAGUGAAUCACGGACACUUGCCGGACAAGGUCGAGGUGUUUAUGAUGGGAUUUGGAGCCAUCUUUGCGCUGACUGGUGGGAUCAAGACGCUGGCACGCAGCAAAGCACUUCGCCAAGAGGCGCGAGUUGGCUCUAGUGUCGCUGCCACAGUCGCCAAACUUGUACCGAGCGGAAUUGCAUUUGGCGUGGGCAUGCUCAACACGCCCAACUUUUCGUUGGCUCGUUUGGUCGGUGGAUUGAUCGCGCAUUGCCACUAUUCGCGCUCGAGCUCGUCUUCCAACACAUCGUCGAGAGCGAUGGCGGGUAUUGGUAUCAUCAUCAUCGCCAGCGGUUUCGUACUGGGAGAAGGCGCGGCCAGUAUCGUGACGCUGCUGCUCAAGCAGAACGGCGCUCAAGCUUGGACUUGUGCGGGCUGCCGCGGAGGAUGCGCUGGCGGAUGCUCCUGA